AUGGGGAAUAUUUGCAAGCCAUAGGUUUAGUUAAUAGAAGAAAAUGAGGUAGAUUUAAAUAAAAAAGUUGAAAUUGAAGAAUAAAGAAAAAAAGGAAAUGAAAAAUAAGAAAAUAAUAAUGAUUAAAAAUAAGAAUCUAUAACGGACGAUCAAAAACAAUAAUAAGAUAAUUAGGAUGGAUAAAAGAUGAGAGGUGAAAAUAAUUAAGAAGUAUUUUAUAAAAAUAGAUUUUUAGUUAAAAAGAAGAGAAAACAAAAAGAUGGCAUAAAUAGCAGCUGUUAUUGAUUAGGAAGUAAUUUAUGAAAAUAUCUAAAAACAAAAUAAAGCAAAAAGUCCUUUUGAUUUUUAACUAUUAUUGAAUGCAUUUACUAAUAGUUUUAUAUUUGCACAGUUGUAAGGCGACGACAUGUAUCAAAAAUUGAAUAUUAUUUUGAGUAAAAGUUAUUGA